AUGGAGCUUGCCGUUUCCAGUGUGCAUGGCACAGGGGAAGUCGGCCGGCAGCCGACUCCCUGGCGGGCACCUCGUACACACGCCAGCGCUUCGGGACGAUCGGCACCAGACGCUGAGCCGCUGCCGCCUCUGGAACGGAUCACCGAAAGAGAUGCUCCCGCCACUGGACCAGGUCGAGAGCUCGGGACGAGUUGUUGGAGCGAACCUGGCUAUGAUGCUGUCUCUCCGCAACGCCUGGGCCUACCUCGACUGCCACCGCUCAAGGUCGCCUCGGCUUCGCAGUCGACUGUUGAGCAGUCUAGCCAUACGCUAGUUGCUGCUUCCUCUAGGUCAACCCUGGCAUAUGGUAACGUGUUCCGCCAAUCUGUGCACCCAGAGAGGACGUCAACCUGGAGUCGCACGCUUUCCAACGCUCUUGAGAAGCUGCUCGUUCCGCGGCAGCUGCAGAAGCAGCAGACUAGGACAACUGCACUGGCCGGCUCACUUGUGGGUAUGCGUGGCACGCAGCCGGGCAAGAUAGCACUUGCUGAUGACUGGGUGCUCUUGGCGAUCAUCACUGGCGACGAUGCGGUCUACUGUUAUCGAAUCGACCGGGAGCACGAUACCUGGACGUGUACCGCAGUGCUGCGUACGCGCCUCGUGCGCUCCGUCACUUGUCUAGCGUUUCGCCCUUGCAUGACACAGAGCUGGAUGCUUGCUGCUGGUUGUGAACGUGGUGUAGCUCUGUGGACUGCUGAUGCGCAGUCGGCCGGGGCUGCUGGUCCAGCACCACGCUCGGCAGAGACGGCACCGGCGUCUGUGGCACACGCACCGUUGUACGUUUGCUUUCAGUUGUUGGAGACAUGGGGGCAUCAUCAUGUUUCCAGUGUCGCUUGGAGUGCAGACGGCCACAUGCUCGCUUCGAGUACCUGCUCCGAUAGUGCCGUCCUCGUGUGGCAAGUCGGAGCCGGCUCCUACCAAGCUCUCUAUCGUAUCCGGGGCGGCGUCGAGCAUCUCUGUUGGAGUCCAUCACUGGAAGAUGCCGGUGUCCUUUUGAGUAUUGCUCAUAGAGGAAGCGUGGUACGGAUCUGGAGCACGAACCCGGAUGGUGAAUGGGUCAGUACCGCGUGGGAUCGACCGCGCCUUGAUCCAGAUCUUCUGGCAUGGCAUGUGAAAGUGCAAGUCGGAAGAGACAGCCACAGACGACACUAUCUCAUCGGUGCGGAUUUUACCAAGUCGCUGCUUUGGUGCUGGACGCUCGAGUUCCAGACGCAUGCUUCGCUUCGACCACUUGCUACGUUCAGGAUGCCGGGAGAACCACAAAAGCUGGCCUGGGAUCCCACUGGUCAACGGCUUGCAAUUAGUUUCAAGGAGCCGCUGCGUUUUCCGGUGCAGUCCAAAACGGGCGACCCUGAUGCUGCGGACAGAGCACCUGUUGCGCUGUACGUCACCGAGAUGGAGCCGACGGUACAGGUCAGCCUUACGGGUUUUGUUCGCGCACCUGAGUCGAAUGCUCAAGUGAUCGAUUUGCGAUGGCAUCCGCAGGGCCCAAGGCGUGCGCUCGCGCUCCUCGUCAUUAGCUGGAGCAAUCAGCAGGUCACCUUCUAUCCCUAUGUUUUAUAA